GUCGUCAUAUGAUUACUUGAUGAAUUAAAACGAUGGCACUUUUAAUACUGCUAUUAAUUAUAUCAGCGCUCAUUCUUGCAGUUAUUUCUAUUAUAUAUUUAUAUUUGAGCUGGAACUUCAAGUAUUGGCAAAAAAGAGGUGUUAAGGGUCCAAAACCAAUAUUAAUUUCUGGCUCAUUUCCAAAGUCAAGACAAGGCAUUUGUAAUUUAAUCGAUGAGUUGCAUGAAAUAUAUUUAUAUUACAAAACUACCGAAAAAUUUGUUGGAUUAUUUUCCGGGCGCAGUCCAAAAUUGUUCAUAGUGGAACCAAAAUUAGCAGUACAGAUUUUAACAAAACAUUUCAAACAUUUUCGAGAUAAUGAAUCUUCGAAAUGGACCUCGCCAAAAGUGGAGAAACUACGUUUAUGCAGUCCUUUUGUAACCACUGGUGACGCGUGGAAGGAACGCCGUGCAGAAUUUACACCACCUUUAUCUAUUAAUCGGUUGCGUGCAUUUUAUCCUACCAUGAGAGAGAGCGCUCAGAAGCUAGUAGAUUUUAUAAAAGAAAGACCCAACGAAUUUUUGGACACCAAGGAGCUAUCUAAUCGCUAUACAACAGAAUUCAUAUCAAAUUUCAUUUGGGGUCUCGAGGCUAAUGCUUUUACCAGUACAGAGCUUUCGCCCAUUCAUGAAAUGGCAAAUAAGAUGCUUCUCCAGUCACUAAAGUGUGUGGCUUACUACAUCCGGACUGCUACAUGGCCUUGGUUACGUUUACUGAAGCCAGUACCCUUUUUCGCACCAGCGGCAGAUAGAUUUUUUAUGAAAUUAGCGGCUGAUGCUUCUGGGGCACGUUUGAAGUCAAGUACUGAGCGUUGUGAUGUGAUCAAUCAUUUGCUACAACUUAAAGAAAAAAAAACCCUGACUGAUGUACAAAUUGCAGGACAUACAACUACAGUCCUGAUAGAUGGUUUUGAGACUGUAGCAAAUGUUAUAUCACACUUUCUUUUAUUGUUGUCUAGAAAUGAUCGAGUGCAAGAGAAACUACGUCAAGAAUUAAUAAAUACCGCUGAGGAUAUUACCUUUGAUGAACUAAAUGAACUGCCAUAUUUGGAUCAAUGCUUGCACGAAUCUCUCCGCAUCUUCCCACCGCUUACUAUACUUUUUAAAAUUUGUACCGAAGAAAUCACACUUGAAAACUCCAAUAACUCCAAAGUAACCAUUAACCCCGACGAUGUGGUUUGUAUAUCAUCAUAUUCUUUCCAACACGAUGCAGACUUUUAUGAAAAUCCAGAAGAUUACUGGCCCGAACGUUUCGAUGAAGCUUUCGGUGGUUUACGUAAAUAUCGUGAAAUGGGCGUUUACUUGCCUUUUGGAGAUGGACCGAGAAUUUGUCCAGGUAUGAAACUUGGUUUGGUUGAAGCCAAGGUCGUUAUUUGGAAAACUCUACGAAACUUUAAACUCAAACCUAGUGAACGUACGAGAAAAGAUAAUAAAAUUAUGUCAUCUUCUUUUCUUUUAACUGUCGAUGGAAAUAUUGAGAUACUUUUUGAAGAUCUCUAGUAACAAAGUUUAAAAAAAUCAAACAAAAGCAAAUGAUGAAGUAUUUAGUACAUACAAGUCAUAAAAGUUAUUAUUUUUAUCCACUAUAUAGCUGUAUCAUUAUAAAAUCUAAGAAAUAAAAAAAACUAUUUGAAUACAAUUAU